AUGUCACUGAUUCAAAGUAUCAAUGCGGUGGACAUCUCCAAAAUCACUUCCGGACAGGUCAUUAUCGAUCUUAAAUCAAUCAUUAAGGAACUAAUUGAAAACGCGAUUGAUGCCGCAACGUCGAAGAUUGUAGUCAACUUUAUCAACUACGGUAUUGAAUCGAUAACUGUUCAAGAUAAUGGAAAGGGAAUACAAAAGGAAGAUUUUGAAACAGUGUGCUUACGAAGUCAUACUUCAAAAAUUAAUGAUCUUGAUGAUUUGACCAAGUUGGGAACAUUGGGGUUUCGAGGUGAAGCAUUGAAUUCAAUUUGCGCCUUAUCUACCAAAGUGACAAUAACUACCCUGACUUUGGAUACUUAUCCCAGGAACUACACUUUGAAAUAUGAUCAGCUUGGCAAACUAAAAGAAGAGUCAUCGAAAUUAGGUGGAAUGAGUAACAAAUCAGGCACGACUAUCACAAUUGAGCAUUUAUUCAAGAAUUUUACAGUUCGACGGAAGAACUUUAUCAAAAACUCGAAAAGGGAGUUUCAUAAAGCAGUCAACUUUAUCAUCAAUUAUUUGCUAAUAUACCCUGAAAUCAAAUUUGAAGUGACCAAUACCAAUUCUAGUGGUAAGAAACAAUUAGUGUUGUCAUCAAAGGGAGGAGAAAAUAAUACAACAGUGGAGAAUUUGAUAACGAUAUAUGGAAAUAACGGUAAUACCAACUUACUCAAUGUCGAUAUCGAUAUUGGUUUUAAUGCAAAAUUAACUGGUUACAUCUCAUCAUAUUCUUUUGGAUUGGGUCGAUCGACGCCAGAUAGACAAUUCUUGUUUGUUAAUAAGAGACCUAUUGUGUUUAGAAAACUUACCAAGUUGAUUAACGAAGUUUACAAGUCUUUCAAUCAUGUGCAAUAUCCGAUUUAUGUAUUGAAUCUUGACAUUGAUCCCGAGCUCAUUGAUGUUAACGUCUUACCAGACAAGACUAAUGUAUUGAUCCAUAAUGAGUCACGAGUUUUGGAAUCUAUACGUGAAAGUCUUAUUGAGUUUUAUACCAUGCAAGAUAAAGUGAUUAUUCCAAAAAGUUUGUGGGAGCAUAUACCAUUCAAUAAACAUGGCACGGCCACUGUGGAGCAGACUUCGACUCAAGAGGAUACCCAAGCUCGUACAAUUGAUAUCAAAAAGUUUAUAAAGAAAGAAGAAGAUAGCAUUGACAGUUUAGAAACCCAAAGUUCAGAAGCGAGGAAUGAACAUAUAAAUGAAGCUAAUGAGGCAGAAAAGUCUGUAGGGAGCAAGGAAUUUGAAAUUGGUCAAGCAGAUAAAUCAACAGCAAAAACAGACCCAUUGUUUUGUCAGGAACCAGAGAAUGAAUGUCCAGUUAAAGUGGAGAAACCGCUUUUGGCAACCGCACAAGCCCAAAGACGGAUCUGCGUUGAGGUUUUGCGUUCAGUUGAUGAGCGUAAUAUGGACAAAGGAUCUGUGGGCCAGUUUGAACUGCAAGAAAUUGAACUUGAUCAUUCAAGAAAUGUACCUGAAGAGACCAUUGUUGAGACCGAGAAUGAUUAUGAUCAAGAUGAUGAGGUGGAGGAGGAGAAGUCUGAACUGGUAUAUGCCAUCUCCCAUAAUAGUGUUGCAACCCUGAAUCAACUGAUUACAAGCGAUGUAUCUCCACCAGAAAAGAACAAGGAACUUGGUGCGAUUAAAAAUCAAGCUAGUGAUGCAAUUCCCACGUCACAGGUGUUGUCAAACUUCUCCUACAAUGGACCUGAAAUUCAAACAGACAUUAGUAAAUUGCAAGAUAAUCAUGGUGUAAACUUUCACCCCAAGCAAUCAGAUGCCUGUGAAGGAAGCUUGUACAUUAAGAUAGGCAAUGAAGAGUUUGAAGAAAGACCAGCAAAGAGGUUCAAGUCGUCAAGUUUGUACACCAAAAAGAAGAAACUUUCAUCACAAGAAUUGCUAUCUACGAUAUCCUCGCCACGCAAUUUUGAUAGUGAAGAAGUAGUCAAGAGAAGACAAAAUAUUAAGGUUAACCAAACUUUAGAGGAUGAAGGUAUUUAUCACAUUUCUAAAUCCGAUUUCCUUAAAAUGAAAUUGGUGGGACAAUUCAACUUGGGGUUUAUCCUAGUUCAUCAUCGUGACAAUUUAUUCAUUAUAGAUCAACACGCAUCUGAUGAAAAAUACAAUUUUGAAAAAUUGAUUGAAAAUUACAGUAUUCAAAAUCAACCAUUGAUUAGACCCCAAACACUUGAAUUGAAUAUUAUUGACGAAAUGUUAGUAAUUGAUCACGAAGCAGUUUUUAGACACAAUGGGUUCAAAUUCACCAUUGAUCAUGAAGGUAAACUUGGAUCAAGAAUUGUCCUCAUUUCAUUACCAGUAUACAAGAAUAUAAUGUUUGACACUAAUGAUUUCAUGGAACUCAUCAAUUUGGUGAAUGAACAACCAAGUAAUAAGCAUAUUAAAUGUUCCAAGAUUAGGAAUAUUUUAGCCAUGAAGGCAUGUCGAAGUAGUAUAAUGAUUGGAUCGCCGUUAUCAAGGGGUAAAAUGACGCAAGUUGUGCAGAAUUUAAGUCGGCUUGAUAAGCCUUGGAACUGCCCACACGGGAGACCUACUAUGAGACACUUGAGCGAGUUAGAUAAUUGGAAUAGCAAGUACUUCGACUAUAGCUUAUGA